AUGAUUUCAACAAUCGGCACAACAGCAAUACAAACAACUACAGCACCAAACUCGUUAGUCAUGAAUCCAACAUCUAUGUUAGUAGAGAUGAAAAGCUUCAUUCCUUCUUCAUAUACUUUUGAAACAGAAAUCCAGAAGAUAAAGCAAGAACUUUUAACAAGUAAUUUAGACUGUAGUGCGAAAGAUGAAACAAAUGAACAGUAUCUUUAUGAAAUGCAGGACAUUAUUGACCAUUUACCUAAACUACCUGAAAUCCAACAACAAAAACUCACUAUUCCUGAAUUCGACGAAAUUGAAGUGAAACCAACUGACUCAGUAGAAAUAAAGAAGUUCAUUCGUAAGGUAAACUAUGAGUUUCUAGGAUUUCAUUGCAACCAUAAGGUUAUGGACAAAGAUUGCGACAUGGUAUAUAAGAAUGUUUCUGACAUAUAUAAAUCUGAAGAAUUUAAGACCUACGACAACUUUGUUUCGUUAGUUGCAGAAU